GAAGUGUUUGAAAUUAUGUAUGGAGAUAAAUACAUUCAGAAUAUGAGGAUUAUGAGACACUUGGAAGUUCUUACUACAAUGUGGAUUGCACUUUUACAGUCUAUUUACACGUGACAGCUACAGUGAGAUUAGUAAACAUUAUGGCGUGGAUGUUGUACCAUUUUAAGGUCAUGUGUCAAAACAAGAUGAAACUUCCCGCCUACAAAUUCUAAUUAGUCUGUAAAAAAUUUAUCAUGAUGGUAUAGUGUAUUUCAAAUAUAUUAUUAUUAGCAAGUGCACCUAAAUUUUGGCCCUUCAUCUUCAAAGCUAGCCCAUUUUUUUGCAGACUGUUACGUUCCAUUUAAUUCUGAAUGCGCAGGUAAAAUUUCGUUUCGCACAUUUUUAACAAAAGUUCGUAAUUACCCGUAUUAGGGAAGGUACAUUUAAAACAGACAUGGCGUCACAAGUUGAUUACCAGCUAGUAGAUGGCGACAUCUGUUACAUAUUGUUCAUACUCCGUCAUUUAGUAGCGGUUCCUGGAAGAGGUUUCGAAUAUCUACGCGCAAUCAAAUUGUUCACUUCUUCCCACCCAGAUGUCACUGCAUGUUAAUAUGGCGUCUGGUGAAGAUGUAUCGCAGCUGUGAUUCUCUGUAGAGUGAGAAAUUUGCAAUUUGGAGUGACUUAAAGAUUAUAUUUUGGCACCAUGGCUGAAGCAUCUGGAGAAGUGCGAGUUCAAGCCGCGCUACCACCACCACCACCAACCCAGCAGCACCUCGUGACUACCGAACAGGCUGUGCUGACAGUGACAAUGACGCCCCCACGCGUCGAUACUAACCCCCCUGUUCAUGAUAACACUCCCAUCAGAUGGCAGCAGGGUCACACAAACCACCACAACACGACCGAGCAACAGACUAAUCGUCAUGGCAUGGGGCAGGCGCCUAAACGUACGCACAGAGAUUACAUAUUCGGCAAAGUGAUUGGCGAAGGAAGCUUUUCCACUGUGUACCUGGCGAAGGAUAUCCACAACGGCAAGGAAUGCGCAAUUAAAGUUUGUGAAAAGCGCCACAUACUGAGAGAGAGGAAGGGACAGUAUAUAAGAAGGGAGAAAGAAGUACUCAACCUUCUGAGCUUGAACCACAAGCCUUCGGUUCCAUUUUUCGUGAAGCUUCAGUGCACCUUCCAGGACGUGGAGAGACUUUACUUCGUGUUGACAUACGCCAAGAAUUCGGAGCUACUUCCUUACAUCACCAAAGUGGGUUCGUUUGAUAUCACGUGCUCGAAAUUCUAUGCCGCCGAGCUGCUUGUAGCACUGGAACACUUGCACAGUCUGGGCAUCAUCCACAGGGAUCUGAAGCCAGAAAACAUUCUUCUGGACGAAAACAUGCAUAUACUAAUCACAGAUUUUGGAUCAUCUAAAAUACUAAAUGAACCCACGAAUGAAGGUGAGGAUGAUGGUAAGCAUCUGCGGAGGAGGAACAGCUUUGUGGGAACUGCACAGUACGUCUCUCCUGAACUUCUGACAGAGAAGUCUGCGUCCCGCAGCUCAGACCUCUGGGCCCUUGGGUGUAUAAUAUACCAAAUGGUUUCUGGUUUGCCUCCGUUCCGCUCCAGGAGUGAAUACAUAAUAUUUCAGAAAAUAUUGAAGCUUGAAUAUGAGUUUCCCGAUGGUUUUGCGCCUGUAGCAAGAAGUAUUGUGGAAAAGCUGUUGGUUCUGGACCCGAGCAAGAGGCUGGGAUCAUCGGAUUCAGUCGGUUAUCCUUCUCUUCGUUCACAUCCCUUCUUUGCUGGCAUAGACUUCAAGACUCUUCAUGAACAAACACCACCUCAAAUCUACCCCUAUCUGCCUGGCACGUCAGAACACGAGGAGCUUCGAAGUCAUUACAGGGUACCAGACCAUUUAGAACCGGGGUUGGAUGACAAGCAGCUAACUCGGCUCCUGGGUCUUGAUCUGCAAGGUGCAGAGCGUACCCCCGAUCCACCGGAGCGUCCCCGUAAACGAGCUGGACUCACAGACUUGAGUCCUGAUGAAGUCCACCUACAAUUAGAGAAACAAAAGGAUAAUAGCAAAUGGCACAACCUUGUAGAAGGAAACCUGAUUCUCAAGCAGGGUCUAGUUGACAAAAGGAAGGGGUUGUUUGCACGACGAAGGAUGCUUCUCUUGACGCUGGGACCUCAUCUUUAUUAUGUGGACCCUGUGAACAUGAUACUGAAAGGGGAGAUUCCGUGGAGCCCCGAACUUCGAGUUGAACCAAAGAACUUCAAAAUUUUCUUUGUGCAUACACCGAACCGAACAUACUACUUAGAAGAUCCAGAAGGAUAUGCGCUGGAAUGGUGCAAAGCGAUAGAGGAAGUUCGGAUACAUACGUAUGGUCUACCGUCGUAGAGAAAUUAGCGACACGCGAUCGAAGGUUAUAGACUGUACUUCGAAUAGCGUCCGUUAGGAAAAAUUUUUUAAUUUAAAGUUACAGACUUUUCACCAAAUUGUUGUUGGAAGCAUGUAAGUUAUGUAGAAAUGGAAGAGAGUAGAUUUGUUACAUUAUUUAUUGUUUGAAGAGCGUGAAUAUGUGCUGAAGGUGAAGGAAGUUGGAAGCAUGUCUGUAUCUAUUUGUGUGAAUGGGACCCACAAGGAAUGGUCAUAUCAAGUCCCAAAUUAUAAAAUGAAAACAAUGCAAUGCUGUACAGUGUUUAUGGCAGUAAAGAAGAAUGUGUUUUGCCAUAAAUUCUGUUUUAAGUUAAUUUAAUUUAUUUUUUAAUGUUUAUCUUGAAUACUUGCAAUAACAUAAAUGGCCUUCAAUAAGUGACAUUUCUUUCUUAGUUUAACUGAACAAAGUGAACUCGUUUGAUACCGAUGCGUGUAUCCAUUGUAACCUGAAGAAUUACUGUUCAGCGUGUUUCAUCUUCGCAUGAGCAAGACGAAAGAAGCACGUCAUCUCCGUCAUAACGCGGAGCUCCCGAUUUGGCCGCGUGCCUAUAAUUUGUCAGUAUUAUUCACAGAAUGUACAGAACUGAUCUGCAGUCGAAUCUUCGUCGCAGAAAUCUGUUCAUGUCUGUUGUUUAAACUUCCUAAUUUGAAACUGAUUAUUGAGGUUGUACCUAGAAUUUUAAUUAUUUGUAUUACAGGGCAAGUCUAAAUGAUGUUCCCGAUUUGAAGACAUGCUACUCACGUUUAAUGAAAUUCAGAUGCACAGAAUUGAUGCCGGUGGAAAGAGAAACUCUCCAAGUUUUGUUUCAGUACAUCACAGUGUUCAAUGUGAACCCCCUUGGUAACUUGACACACAUCCAGCCAGUAGUCGAGUUCCUCCCAGACACGUUGCAGCAUAUCAUGAUCGAUUGCUGCAAUGGAAGCUGUGAUGCACGCUCGCAGAACAAGCAAGGUCUGUGGUAAGGGUGGCACGAAGACGAACCCCCACAGAAAAAAAUCACAGGGCGUCGGGUCCGGUGAACGUGGAAAUCCAUGACACAAAAGGUUCCCCUGUCUUCGAUGGCAGCCAUUUUAUCUCAUAUCGCCCCUGGCGGCGAACAGUGUUACUACGCAGCCGCGAAGUAUACCAACAUAAACUUGGAGAGUUUCUCUUUCCAUCAGUACCAAUUUUGUGCAUCUGAAUUUCAUUAAACAUGAGUAACGUGUUCCAAAUCAGGAACAUCAUUUAGACUUGCCCUGUAUUGUUUCCAUGAUGUGUUAGUUGUUUCCUGUAUGUAUUAUUGUACAUAUUAUUUAUAAACGCAAUCAUUACAGUAAACGCAUUUUUCUGGAAAAUA